UUCUGUCGCGGAGUCCCACUCGGUCCCGAAAUUCCCGCACCAAACACUACUGUCCUCACUCCAGCUUGCCAAUCAACGCCGCACCCGGCCUCAAAACUUCUCGUCUCAUGUAGAACAGAGUCGCCUCUGUUUCCUAGUUGAGCUUGAUCGAUCGCUAGCACGUCGGCAAGCAUCUGCACGCCAGCCGCUAGCGGUGUGAGAACCCGUCAACCCGUCCCAGGCUUCGGGACCGACUGAAAACCCUCACCAUGCCCGCGACCCCAGAGUCUCAACUUGGCGAUGGCUCGGCAAACAAUGACACCACGCCGCCCGCCGGUUCCUCGCUUAGCCAUACGCCCACCAAUCUAGACGCUUCCAUGGUCAAGGUCACAAGAGGCCAUAGCUGCGUCUUAUGCCAACAACGCAAGGUCCGUUGCGAUAAGAGCAAGCCCUGCUCCAAUUGCGUAAAGGCCGGCGUCGAAUGCCGCGUCGUCCCACCUCAGCCUCCUCGGCGGCGCAAGAAGCGUAUCCCCGAACGAGACCUAGUCGAGCGCUUGCGGAAGUACGAAGCUCUCUUGUCCCAAAAUGGCAUCGAAUUCGAUUCGUUGGGUCCGGACGUCAAGAUUGUGGAUCCCGGCUCCGUCGAAGACGGCGAUGAGCUAGAACCGGAGUUUAUAAGACAGCGAAGCAAGGAGUCUCCUGCCGGUGUGGACCUUAGUCUGAUCUCGUCUCCCGGCGAGACUGGCCACGUCCCCAGGACCUUUAAAUGGUUUCCUUUCCAGAAGGAGUAUCGAGCAGUAGGCGAACCGGUUAGAGAUUCGUCCGACGAGGAGGACGUUGGAUCGUCGAUUAAUCAAGCAUACGACAGGAUGUUUGAGACGGCUGAUGGCUUCCCUUUCGUGGUUGGCGGCCAGUUCGAGCCCGUUACUGACCAACACCCAUCUGCCAUCCAAAUAUUCCAGCUGUGGCAGAUCUACCUAAACAAUGUCAAUCCUCUCCUUAAACUGACACAUACACCAACGCUGCAAGUGCGGAUUAUCGAGGCCGGCGCAAACCUCGACAAGGUGUCUCGGCCUCUGGAGGCCCUGAUGUUUUCAAUUUACCUGAUGGCCAUCACGAGUGUAGAUGAAGAAGAAUGUCAGGCCACAUUCAAUGACUCAAGAACCGCAUUACUAGCAAAGUACUAUUAUGCUACUCAACAAGCCCUCCUUAAUGCUGGUUUCAUGCGUAACCCAGACCUGACCUUACUUCAGGCGUAUUUAUUAUACCUUAUUGGGAUCCGACAAUACUCCGAUCCUCGGUCGCUAUUCUGCUUGACGGGAAUAGGCGUGCGGCUCGCUCAGCGGAUAGGGUUACAUCGCGAUGGUGCCCAAUUUAAUCUGUCUCCAUUCGAGGUGGAAGAGAGGAGGCGGCUGUGGUGGACCCUUGCUGGUUUCGAUAGGCGAAUCGGAGAGCUCUGCGGUUCUAUCAUUACUGCUAUAUCCAACGGGGCUAACUGCAAGUUGCCGCUUAAUAUCAACGACGCCGACUUGCACCUGCACGCCAAGGACCCACCACCUCCUCAUACCGGUGCAACAGAGAUGAUGUUCUCACUCACGCGUCUUGAAUUUGCUAAAGCUCCCGGAAACGACAAGAUGAGGAGUCAAGUAUCAGAAUCAAACCCGCAAGCAAUUUCGAGCGUAGCUGACCACCGGUUGUCGAGUUACCUGGAACGUUUCUCUACUUACAUGGAAGACACCUAUCUCAGAUACUGCGACCCCAAGGUUCCCCUUCACUAUAUGACCCUCCUUAUGACUCGGGCAAAUAUAUGCAAGCAAAAGAUAGUGUCGGGCUUCUUUCGCGUUGCACUUACCGCGCCUGCACCCUUGCCUCAAGCUGAGAGAGAAGACCUCUUCAUCGAAGCGAUCAAGAUGAUCGAAUAUGAUAGUAUGAUGCAAGCACGGGAAAACUUGAAGGGUUUCCUCUGGUAUACGCAUAUGCAUUUUCCGUUCCCGGCGUAUAUUUGCCUACUUACUGACCUACGUCAUCGAACAACUGGGGAUCUAUGUGAACGCGCGUGGGAAACAAUCUGCGAGCAUGCUGACCGGAGAAAAAUGACCACCCACAUGCGUAGCCCGAUGCAUCUAUCCUUCAGCCCACUCUUUGUAAAAGCGUGGGACGCACGGGAAGCUGCCGAAGCCGCACUGGGGCGUACUCUAGCACCACCUCGUCUUAUUACUCACAUGAGACAGGUUGCAGCUCGGUUACCUAAGACAACUAAGAAGAGGACCCCAAUGCCGACACCUUCGCCCAAGAUUCCUGUCGUAAGCGGUGCUUACGUCGCGACGCCGCAGACACCACCCGAACAACAGCAAUCCGUCCCAUCAACAGUGCCCUUAUAUCCGGAUAGCGAUAUGUUUGGCAACGGCAUGCCCCAAAUAGAUAUGAACAGACAGUUCGCGACCGCGUUUCCAGAUGUGAACUUCGGCGGGGAGAUGGACUGGAAUUUCAUAUUACAAGAAUAUGGCGGCUUUAUGGGGGUCGCCCCGACGCCGCAAAUGAGCGCCUACGCGAAUCAGGCGCCGUUAAACGACCCCACCCAAGCUGCUGUUUGGCAGUAACUAUAUGAUAUUUUCUUUAGGUACCGGAUACCUUGUAUAAGGUAUAUAUAUGGACGAUGAUAUGUGAAUGGCGGUUAUAGGUUCGGUUCCGGAUGAUCCAGGGCACAUACCCCACCUCCUCGGCGUGUAUAUAUAUAAGAAAUGCUCACAUAUUCGGGGGUUAACCAUCAAAAUAUACUUCGUCCACGCUAUGGCGUUAGGUGGGAACAAACGUAUAUAGGAAAAUACCAAUAAAUUCC